CACUCAAGUCCAGGCCAAAACCAGAAACCCAAAUAUUACGUGACCAAGUGCAGCUAAACAAAAAAAAAAACGGAAAAAAACAAAGAGGAAAAUCUAUAACUAUCAAAGAGCAAAUUGUGUGUAUGAAGAAAAAACAAGCCACAAAUCAGAGCGAAAAACAGCAGCAGGAGCAGCAGCAGCAGUGGUAACGGUAACGGUAACGGCGGCAACAUUGCAACAUUGCAACAACCACCCAGCAGCAACUAGCAACUAGCAACGCAACAACGAAAGCCAGUUACCUUGAAUAUACCGGAGAUAGCCGGGGGUACAAGUUAAAUAAGCUGGCAGGCGGAUGUGGUAGGAUCGCAGGUGGGCAGGAUCUUGCGGCUGAGGGGCAGAAGGAUGCCAGCCAAAGGACGCAAUAUUGCAACAUCCGCAACAUCGGGGACACGGAAUCAAAGCUGAAGGAGCAACCGCAGCAAUACUCUCAAGGCGACGCAUGUCAAUGUCAAAGUUGAACCAGAAGUAGAAGUGGGUUCCAGUGGAAGAGGGCCAAGAACGGACAGGAGGACAGGAGGGCGGGUCAAGAGCUACGGCAAUAGCUAUAAAGGCAAAAGCAUUUUAACUGCAGAUGACAAAGAAGGUUGUGCUACAUCUACAUAGUAAAUACAAAACAAAUCUAAGCAUAAGAAUACCCCAAAAACCACACCCCAACCACAGAGAAACCUAGACCAAAAUAAACAGGACGGCAGCAAACAAGUGGAGGGCAAUACCCGGAAUUUCGAUUGCCGAAGCUCCAAGCUGGCAAACUGGGAAGGCAGACGGAUACGGCUACGGAUACGGAUACGGUGACCCGAUUUGCAGGCAAAAUGUCCGUGGACUUUAUACUGCCCAAUCGCAAUAAGAUCCAAACGAUUGCCUAUGCGAGUGCCAGCAAGAAAUAUGUGCCCGGUGGAUCCGCAUCCACUCUCAGUUCCGGAUCGGUAUCGGUAUCGGGAUCUGGUGGUGACCUGCAGAGCUGGCGACGCCCCAAGCCCAGGACCUCCGGAAAAGUGAAGCUCGAGGAUAAACCCGCGCUGAGUGCCAGUUCGGUGCUAAGGAAUGCCAAUGGAAAUGGCCUGGGAAAUGGCGGCAAGUCACCUCUCAAAUCGCUGACCAAGCGGAACUCGCGUUCCGUUCUCAAACGGGAGAUCAUCGAUCUGGACGAUGAGGAUGGCGAGGAGCAGGAGGAUCAGCUCUGCGAACAUCUGGAAUGGUCCGCCGCCCAAUCUCUGGUCCAAAUGAACUCCUCCAAGCAGGAAAAGCAGCGGCGAGCAGGAACCACAGGAACAGGAUCCCCUGCAACUGUGGCAGCGCCAGUCUCCGCCUCAGUAUCGCUUCGCCGUCCAGUGGGCAGAGCUCCGGCGGAGGAUGGCAAGGUGAUUUUCUAUGCCCCGCCCGCCAGCGCCAGUGGAGCCCCCCGGCAGCCGGAGCCGGUGACCUUGAAGAGGGAGCGCGAGCGGGACAGGGAGCGCGAGAGGGAGAGGGAGCGCGAGCGGGAACGCAUGCGGGAGCAACAAGUUGCAGCGGCCGCGGCGGCAGCAUCGAUUUACCGGGGUCGCAGCGUGGAGGAAACGGAAGCGGCCCACGAUCUGCUCUCGCUGUCACAGAGCCUGCCGCCCCUGAUCCCGCCGUGCGUGGUCACCAUCAUGAAGCAGGAGCAGGAGCAACUGCGCUCCCCGGAAAUCCAGGAGAUAUCGAACAGCGCUUCCAGCCGAUCGCCGCAGUCGACCAUCCGGUUCAUUGGCAGCAGCUCCUACGACCUGAUGGGUGGCUCCUCGGAGGGCGCCAACAACUGCUCGCCGCUGACGCCGCCGAACUCGGACCACAGCUCCGACGUGGAUAUCGACAUGUCUUCCUCCUCCGAAUCAGGUCUGCAGCAGUGGGGCAAGCCCAAUUCGCAGCAGAACCAGCAGCGUGCCUCGGCCCUCAAGAUGUGCCUCAACAUGCUGGAUGGCAGGACCAAGGCGAGCAAGGCCGCCGCUGUGACCAAGCAGGACAGGCAGCAGGAACCGCUGCAGCCGCGUCCCAAGAGUGCCCAGAGCAAUGCCUCGUCCGGCGGUGGUCCGCCAUCGGAGCCGCCAGAGAAUGCCACGGCCAGCAUGGGACACGGCUCCACGGGCAACGGGGAGAACUACGCCAAGCGGAAGAGGGGCUGCUACAAGUGCUGCGAGUGUGGCAAACAGUAUGCCACAUCCUCGAACCUGUCGCGCCACAAGCAGACGCAUCGCUCCCUGGACUCGCAGUCGGCCAAGAAGUGCAACACCUGCGGCAAGGCCUACGUCUCCAUGCCCGCCCUGGCGAUGCACUUGCUCACGCACAAGCUCUCGCACAGCUGCGACAUCUGCGGCAAGCUCUUCUCCAGACCCUGGCUGCUCCAGGGACACCUUCGAUCCCACACCGGCGAGAAGCCCUACGCCUGUGUCCACUGCGGCAAAGCCUUCGCCGACCGCUCCAAUCUGCGUGCCCACAUGCAGACCCAUUCGGGCGACAAGAACUUCAAGUGCCAUCGCUGCAACAAGACCUUCGCCCUCAAAUCGUACCUCAACAAGCAUCUGGAAUCGGCAUGCCUCCGGGAUGCCGGGGCCAUCGAUCAGGGCAAGGGCUUGGACGAGGACGACGACGACUGCAGCAAGCAGGACGAACUGGAGAUGGGCGACGAGCUGGACAGCGACGAGAACAGCCAGGACAUUGUGGUGGCCUAGGGAUAAUCGACCUAGGGAACUCUCCUGCCCGCAACUAAAAUACUUUAUACCAGAACCCUAUAAGCAAUACUCGAGCACCCUUAUCAAAUUAAUACUAAAAUGAAUUAACAAAACCAAAUGAGAAUUAAAAACAAACAAAAUCUAGUCUAGAAA